CAAGUUGAUUUGCAACGAAAAGCAAUGAGAGAUUAUUGAGUAGUAUAGAAGUAGAGUAAAACAAUAUGAAGCAACGUAUUAGUGGAUUGGACCUUCAAAUCCUUACGGCUGAACUUGAAAAGAAUAUUCUUAACCAUAGAUUACUGAAUAUCUACAAUGUGGCCACUUCAAAUAGACAAUAUUUGCUUAAAUUUGCCAUUCCAGACUCUAAGAAAGUUGUUGUGGUAGAUGUGGGAAACAAAGUCCAUCUCACAGACUUUGAAAGACCAACAUUACCACAACCAUCUAAUUUUGUUACCAAGCUACGCAAACAUUUAAAAACCAGAAGAGUAUCUAGAGUGACACAAUUGGGUGUCGAUAGAGUUUUAGUGUUGGAAUUUAGUGAUGGAAUGUUUUAUUUGGUAUUAGAAUUCUUUAGUGCUGGAAAUGUUUUAUUGUUGGAUCAUGACUUCAAAAUCCUUGCCUUGCAACGUAUGGUUCAAGAUAAAGGUGAUAAUGAUCGUUAUGCCGUUAAUGAAAUUUACAAAGCAUUGGAAGAUGGUGAAGAUGGUGAAGACUGGAGAGAAAAGAAAGAGCAGAUAGCCAAAACUUAUACUGGAGAAGAAGUGAAGAGUUGGAUAGAUGAAGAAAGAAAAAAGGUUGAGAAGCGUAACGAACAAGCUGGUCAAGAAGUAUCUCAAAAGAAGAGAAAGAACAAAGUUUAUUCCAUUCAUAAAUUAUUAUUUGUCAAUGCUAGUCAUUUAUCUGGAGAAUUGAUCUUAAGGAGAUUGAAUGAGGAUGGAAUUGAAAGUGGAAAGGGCUGUUUAGAAGUCAAUGAAGAUGAACAGUACGAAAAAAUCGCCAAAAGUUUACUGAGAGCAGAAGAAGAUUAUUUGAAGGUUUUAGGGGGUGAAAAUGGUGAAUAUUCUGGUUGGAUUGUAGGCAAGAAAUUAAAUAAGGAAAAGAUUCCAGGACAAGUCGAGGAAGAAGAGGAAGAAGAUACAUAUAUGUAUGAUGAAUUCCAUCCAUUUAAACCAUUUAAGGAAAAUGUUGAGAAUAUUCAAUUCACUCCAGUUAAAGGGUACAACAAAACUUUGGAUGCUUUUUUCUCCACCAUCGAAUCUUCCAAGUACGCUCUUAGAAUUGAACAACAGAAGCAACAGGCCAACAAGAGACUUAAUCAUGCACGAGAUGAGAGAGACAGACAGAUUCAAGCAUUGGUAGAUCAGCAAACCAGUAAUGAGAAGAAAGGGGAAAUGAUCAUUUAUCAUGCCGACAAGGUUGAAGAAUGUAAAGAAUCAGUUCAAAAAUUAGUUGAUCAACAAAUGGAUUGGACCAACAUUGAAAGUUUAAUUGGAUUGGAACAAAAGAGGGGGAACAAAAUUGCUAAGAUGAUUAGGUUGCCCUUGAACUUGAAGGAAAAUAAAAUAAAUGUAUUACUUGAAGAAUAUUCUGAGGAAGAAAAUGAAGCUGAUACAAAGGGUGAGAAUGAGAGUGAUUCGGACUCUGACAGCGAUAGUGAAUCUGAAAGUGACUCUGAUUCUGAUUCUGAUUCUGAUAGUGAUUCCGAUUCUGAUUCUGAUUCUGAGAGUGAGAGUGAGUCUUCAAAGUUGAAAUCAAAGAAGGCGAAAUCUAAAAAAUCACAGGCAAAGACUCCUGCUUUCGUUUCUGUAUGGAUUGAUCUUUCACUUUCUCCAUAUGCUAAUGCCAGUGUUUAUUUUGACGCCAAGAAGACAGCAUCAACUAAGCAGGCAAAGGUUGAGAAAAGUGCCACGAUGGCAUUGAAAAAUGCUGAACGUAAAAUCACACAAGAUCUUAAUAAGAAUCUUAAGGGCGAAACCGAUGUGUUGAGACAUAUUCGUCCUAAAUUCUGGUUUGAGAAAUUCCAUUGGUUUGUAUCUAGUGAUGGAUACUUAUGUCUUGCUGGACGUGAUGUGUCGCAAAUUGAUAUGCUUUACUACAGACACGUUAAUGAUAAUGAUUAUUAUAUCACUUCUGAUGUGGAAGGUUCACUCAAGGUAUUUAUCAAAAAUCCAUUCAAGGGAGAGGGUAUCCCACCAAGUACUUUGAUGCAAGCUGGAAUCUUUUCCAUGAGUUCAUCAAGUGCUUGGAAUAAUAAAGUUACCACUUCAGCUUGGAUGUUACCAGCUGUCGACGUUUCAAAACGUCAUUUUGAUGGAUCAUUACUUGAAGCUGGUGCCUUCAAUUAUUUGGCCAAAAAGGAAUUCUUACCACCAUCUCAGUUGGUUAUGGGAUUUGGAUUCUUCUGGCUUGGUGAUGAGGAAACCUCCACCAAAUAUAAACAAAUUAGAGAAGAAAAGGAAAAGGUACAUGGCUUAAAGAUUGUAAUGGACAAUAAGAAGAAGGAUUUGGAAGGUUUGCAAGCAGGUACUGAGAAGUUGAAAGAGACAAGUCCAGUAGAGGAACAAGAACAAGAAGAAGAAGAAGAAGAAGAGAAAGAAACUAAAGAAACUGAAUUAACUGAACCAAUUGAAGAACUGACCUCUCCAGAGCCAGAAACUUUGGCUAUUUCUGCGGCUCCAAAGGUUAGAGGUAGAAAGGGUAAAAUGAAGAAGAUGGCCGCAAAGUAUGCUGCUCAAGAUGAAGAAGAAAAACAUCUUCGUAUGGAAGUUUUAGGAACUUUAAAGCAAGUACAUGCCAAAGAAAAAGAACUCCAAAAGAAACUCGUCGAAGAAAAGGAUUCUGAGCUCGCCAAGCGUGAACAGACUGCUCGUAGACAAGAACUGCGUAAGAAACAAGAAGAACGUGAAUUCCGUAAAUAUUUGUCUGGAGAAGCAGCUGAGGAAGAUGAAUCAAGUAUGGAAAAUUACUUGGAAAUUUUCGAUUCUUUUAUGUCCAAGCCACAACCAUCUGAUGUAUUACUCGAUGUUAUUCCUGUAUUUGCUCCAUGGGCAUCAUUAACAAAAUUGAAAUACAAAGCUAAGAUUCAACCUGGGAUGGGAAAGAAGGGUAAAUGUCUCAAUGAAAUCCUUAAUUAUUUCACCACUCGUAAGAUGGACGCUCGUGGAGAGGACAUCGACCUUGACUGGCAGAAAGAACGUGAAAUUGUUAAAGCCUGUAAGCCAAAUGAUUUGAUUGGUGUUAUUACUGUCAAUAAAGUCAAGUUGGUACUUCCAGGUGGCAGUGAAGGAGGUAAGAAACCAAAUGUUCCAACUUCCAAGAAGGGUGGUAAGAAGAAGAAAUAG